AUGGCUUCUAAACUUCCACCAGAAUGCUUACAAGAAAUAUUUGGAUUUCUUAAAAACAAGAAAAAGAAAAAUUUCAAUCUAUUUUCUUGUCUUUUAGUUAAUCGUUAUUGGUGUUCUAAUGCAGCCAGUGUACUUUGGAGAAAUCCUACACAUUAUCCCAAAUCUCUGAUAAAGACGUAUAUAAAAGGUCUUCCAACUGAAUCAAAAAUAAUUUUAAAAGAUAAAGGAAUUAUUCUACAUGAAACUGAACUGGACGUUACGACAUUUUUGAAUUAUGCAUCAUUUAUACGUAUCCUAAAUUUGAAUAAAUUUUACGAUAAGGUUUCUUAUAUUGUGUGCAAUGAAGUUCCAUAUCAAAACAAAUAUGUUUGUUAUCUUCUUUAUUUUGAACUUUGUAAACAUUUAGUUAAACAAAGUUCCAAUAUUGAUUAUCAAUAUGAAGCUAUGUCUUUAGGAUUUUCUCCAUUUUCCACUAAAAUAAUUAAUUUUAUUACUGAAUCAUCACAUCUUCAAUCUUUGGAGUGUAACACAAUGAAUACAUCAGAAGAAUUUAGUCAAAUUAGUAAAAUAUUUUCAUCAAUCGGAGAAUUAAUGAUUAGCUUUAAUAAUGAUGGAAAAAAUCCAGCUCUAAUAAAUCUCAUUAAUGGAUUAGAAAAUUUAGAGAUUCUAAAAAUUCGAGGUCAUGCUUAUAAGUCAAGUAUAAGUGGUUCGUCAGAUAUUUAUAAAGCUUUACAUGAGAAAGUUUCAUCUCUGACUUGUUUAGAUAUUAAGAUAUCAGGUAAUAUGCCAUUAUCUUGGUUAAGUGGAAUAAAACAAUUAGAGGAAUUAAAAUUAUAUUGUAUGGAAUUUAUACGUCCCGAGGAUACGAAGAAAAUUUUAGCGCAAGUAGCUGAUAAAUUAUUUGUUAAAGAACUAUUAGUUUUGGAUAUUAAUGUUGAAUCCUUAGUCGCAACUCAUUUGGGAACAAUAUUAUUAGAUGUUGGAAGCAGUUUACAAGAAAUGUCAUUACGUUUCGGUAGUGUGAGCGAUCCGGAAAAUUUAAAUUCAUUAGAAGAACACAUUAUGAGAUGCUCAAAUUUACUUAAAUUUAAGAUUAGUGCCACAACUCAAUUUAUUCAAAAUCUACCACAAAUAUUAAAAAGUUUAAAUAAUUUAAAAGAAUUGUUUAUUUUACCCUCAAGUUCACUUGAUAUUAGUGAAUGGAUGUUACAAUUAGGACAAUCAAUUACACCAAGUUUACGCAAAAUUGUAUUUGAUUGUGGAAGCGAACAUAAAAUUGGGUUUGAUUUUAACAUUGAAUCAUUAUCUGAUUUUUUAAAUGCAUGCGAAGAAAAUUCAGUCAAAAAUCUUUUAUUUGUAAUAAAGAGAAGGAAUAAGGAAAUAUCAGAAACGACUUUCGAUAAUUUAUUGAGUAAAUUUGUUAAUUCUGGAACUUUAAACGAAAAUUUUAAAGUUGUUUUUAGAUAA